UUUCCUUCUUUACGUAUCCUCACAUCCCCCACAAUAACAUCCUUCCAAUACAUCCUCACAAUACAUCAACACUUCAUCAAUCCCAUUCACCAGCAAUCUAUCAAUCUCAUAUAUCAUUCUUCAUCAUCAUCCAUAAUCCAUCAUCCAUCAUCCAACACGUUAAUCUUCAUUGAUAAACAAUAAGCUUAAGGUGUUGGUGCUUGCCCAACAUGGACGACACUCUCAGACCAGUCGACCCGAAGAAGGUCCGAAUUUCCGAUCAAGCUUUGGGCUGUAAGGAUUCCUCUGAACAUGAAGAUGACAGCAACGCGACAACUCCAAAAAAACCUACAGUAGAGGAAGUUCGACAAGUUAUUCUCGAGAUGGCGGUGAAACGCUGGCUUAGCAAGUCCAAGGCAAAGCGCAAGGCCUUACUAUCGAAGGCAUGGCCCGACAUGCCGCCAACCCAUCGACCCGACAUCGAGACGUGGCAGAGCCUACACAAUGGCCAUCCCCUCGAAGAUAAGGACACGCUGGCCUUGAUGUGGCCGAGCCUCAAUGUCGAAGACUUGAGCAACAAGGAAACCUUGCUGUUGAUGCUCCAUCAACGUGCAAGAUAUCCACCGCAUGAAUUUUCUGUCCACGAUAUUGGCUUAUUGAACUUCGGAACGAGAACCGGUCUCAUCGGACAAAUCGAACUCCCGGGUUACUUCGCCAUACUAAGAGAUCGCAACUCUCCAGAGACUUACGGAAAACUCUAUGCAUGGAGUGAUGACAUCGAUGGUGUCAUGUCAGAGCCAACCCGAGGCUGGUUCACCCCAAGCGAUAGCUAUUGGGCAGUUCUGGUGCAAGCCCAUCUCUUCUGGUUUCUGAACCGUAUCUGUCAGCUGAUUCUUCAUGACAUGUCGAAGGAGGAGAUCUACCCGGCACAGGGUAGCCAUCUUUUAUCACAGGAUUUUCCGUAUCACUUAUCCAGAACCAACAUCGAAGGCGUCAAGAUUCUCGCUAUUGAGGCAUUUGAGGAUCAGUAUAAAGCGCCAAGAGCACCCAACUUCGGCCGAACGAUCAGACUCAUUGGGGCCAAGCUAGCGCAUGUAGAGGAUCACCUAUGGGCUUUAAGAGAGGAUCCUAACUACUUCAUAAACGCCGCAAGAGAUCGAAUGGAGCACAUGACAGAGAUGGUGCCUGAUGAAGAUGGUAACCCCGGCCCUCCACCGGGCCUAGGCCGGAACAAACUGUGGGCACGAGUUUUUCAACAACUCAUCACAGAAGCUAUCGCGAACGUGAAUAUCUUUAAUGUUCUCUUUGAGAAGAUAUGCCGUGUUAAUUGCCUAGUUGCUGUCAAUUCCGAGGAAGGGAAGCUGCCCCUUGACAAGAAAUUAUCUGAUGAAAUGAAUGAAGCAGUAUUCGAGGCUUUCCAUUGUCUGGUCGCUUCCUCGUGGGAGCUUCUUGUUACUUCGGAUCUCGAAUCGAGCGCUUCUAGCUCACCACUUUUCCGAGAUUCAUUCUAUCGCGAGCAGAAGGAAUCAGCUCUAGGACAUCCGCUCAUCCGGCCCAGAACAACUAUCAUCCUCGAUUGUGUUCGCGAUCGUCUAAUGUGGAUCUUCAACAACUUGUCAACCGAACACAAUCGAUUUGAUUUGGGUGUCAGAGGUCUAGUUGCCGAGUUGGACUUGUACGUCCGACAAGAGCCCAAGGCCAGAGCUCUUAUAACUCCUUUUGUGGCUGGCCUGGUGUCAACCUUAGGCAUCUCCUGUGAGUGCCUUUACCAGUAUCAGUUCUUCCAGCCAUGGAUCGGAGGUUACCGAACCUUCUUUCUCAAAAACGCCGAUAGGCUUCAAAAAAAUUGGUUGAUUGAACAUACGCACCAUGCCAACCUGGCCAAUGUGAAGCAGGACUUGUGGGAGAGAAUGGCCAGGUUACCUAAGAUCAACUCAAAGGGAGAGUACGUAUUAAUAGCCCAAGAUUCUCCCAUCCUAUCGAAGGGGGAUAUUAUCGAACGUCAAGUCGUGGAGGCACACCAUGACAGAUUCUGGACAGCUCUCCUCCGUGGUCUGAGAGCCGUAGGUGCGGUAUCGGUACAUCUUGAUGCUCUCAUGGAUCGCGACAAGCUGAAAAGAACGGCGCCUUACGUGGAGCCUGUCAAAGCGGCUAAGGAAGAGAAGAAGAAAAGUGAAAAGAUCCCGGUCGAUCGAGAUGACCAGAUUCUUGAUGAAGCUAUUGCCCAGAACAAGAAGCUGGGACAGAAAGAAGAGGAGACUGUCGACGAAUCAUCCCAAGAGGAGGAGGUUGAGACAAUCGAAGUCAGCAAACGCGCUUUGAAGGUAUUCAGAGCCAUCUUGUUUGACGGGCUCGGCAGCUAUGAAUUGACGAAAGGAAUCCAAUGGAACGACUUCGUUUACGCGCUGAUGUCGAUAGGCUUCAGGGCGGAGAAGUUGUUCGGCUCUGGUUGGAUCUUUUCGCCUGACAUGGGCACUAUGGGCUUUGCCCACCCCAUCUAUUUCGAGGAACCACAGAACGGUGGCGAGAUCAACUACCUGGUCAUGAAGCAUUACGGCCGACGAAUGCGCAGGACUUACGGUUACAAACGCGAGAUGUUCAAGCUUGCUGCACCGCAGCCUAAGGAGGCCAAGGAGGGGUGAUGCUGACGUAAAAGUCGAGUCGAUUAUGGGUUGGACUAGGUUAAGAGGCGAGGUUGAUUAGGAAACGAACCUUGGCAUUGAUGAAGUUGGCGGACUAGUUGCAUAAGCACUCUGAAUAUUCCAUUGGCAGGUCCAUGGCAGGAUUACCUUCAGGGUAUCGAGUGGGAGGGGAGGGUUUUGCAUUCUGGGCUCGUAAUCUGGUAUUAGAGUUCAAUUGCCAGUUUCUCCCAUUUCUCAUCACACAAUUUCCUUCAGGAUUACCGAACUGGUUCGGUCCAAUUCCUGUUGCUCUUCUGGCCGAGAUGGCACUCAUGUAUUUCUGUUUUUUUUUCGUCGACUGAUCAAUGAACAUUCGAAAU